GAGUUGAAUGAGGUCCCAGUGUGAUUUGCCACAGAGGCGGCAGCGGAGCACAGCACUAGUCCUGGAGGGGGUUUAAACCCAAAAAAACCCUCUGUUGCUUGUCUUGAAUUGAUAUUCCUUCGUGUGUCCGGCCUGCAGAGCUGAGGAAAAACUGUGCGCGGUGCGUAAUUACGCACGGGGACGACGGAUCUGCGGUGUUGCUCGCAGUGGAAACCCGCGGACAAAGGAAGGCAGGCAGACAGACUGGAGUACAACAACUGACUUGAGAAGAGAGGAGUACUGUCGGAGGGGAAACGGGUGGAAUCUGGAGUCGGAAGUGAUUUGUCAUUUUUUUUUCGAAAUGUAACUUGAAACGUUCAACAUUUCCAGGAAGAAGCGAGACAGUUUGGAAAGCGAGGGGAGUAAAGGAGGAACAGUGGAGUGGUGAGUGGAACCAGUCUGCAAAUCAGCAUCCAGAUCUUCGGAGCAUGGGAGGAGUUGUCUGCGAACUGUAAAAUGUUCCCGCUACAUCGAGAGAGGGAGCAGCCCAUCUUCAGUGCCAGAGCUCAUGUCUUCCAGAUCGACCCGGCCACCAAACGCAACUGGCUGCCGGCCAGCAAACAUGCCGUCACCGUUUCCUUCUUCUAUGAUGCCAGCAGGAGUGUGUACCGCAUCAUCAGCGUGGGUGGGACGAAGGCCAUCAUCAACAGCACCAUCACCCCCAACAUGACGUUCACUAAAACCUCCCAGAAGUUUGGGCAGUGGGCCGACAGCCGGGCCAACACCGUCUACGGGCUGGGCUUCUCCACGGAACAGCAGCUGCAGCAGUUUGCGGAGCAGUUUAAGGAGGUGAAAGAGGCGGCCCGUCUGGCCAGAGAGAAAUCUCAGGAGAGGUUUGAAUUAGCUAAUCCUGCACUCAACAUCGCUGCUCCCGAGAUUCCUGUGGAGUUGUCAGAGGACCGCCAUUCUCCACCUCUGCUUACAGUCAACGGGCCCGGAGAGGAAAAGCUUUUCCGCAGCAAGAGCGCCGAAGUGGAGCUGACGGUGGAGAAGGAGAGGGUCAAAAAGAUGCUGUCAGAAGGGUCCAUGUGUGAGAUAAACCUGGAGGCUGAACUCUUCACCCUGCAGGACAGUAAUGCUAAGCUGGUGGCAGCGCUGCAGGAAGCUAACGGCAGUGUGGAGCAGUGGAAGAAGCAGCUCGCUGAGUACCAGGAGGAGACUGAUCGCCUCAAAGACCAGGUGGCGGAGCUGGAGGCCCAGCUGGGCCAUCCUUCUGCCGUCCAGACCAGUGGAGAGGAGCUGAGCCGCUCUAUGGAGGAGCUGGAAGUCCUGCUGAGCGCUAAAGACCAGGAAAUACACAAUCUACAGAGCAAGAAAACAGAUGUGGGUGAGCUAGAGAAGGAGAGAGAGGAGGCCAUGCAGAGACUGCAGGACCUGGAGAGACGAAACAGUGAGUUAGAGGAUCAGGUCCAGAGUGCUGAGAAGACGCUCGCCUCCAGCGAGGAAGAGCGGGAGCAGGCGGAGGGUGAGGUCCGACGAGUCAUCGAGGUUCUGGACGUCAAAAUCUGCGACCUUAAAGACCUGAAACAGAGCCUGGCAAAACUCAUCGACAAGUAGCUGCAGCAGCAGAAAUUGGGCUGCAUCUCCACAGUCAGCACAGGUUGCACUUGCAUUGUGUUAUCCCGAGGUUUGAGCAGAGCAGAAGUCGAAGCAAUACGGAGGAGAAAGUACAGGUGUUUACCUUCACAGAUCUGUUUUUUAUGAUCAGUGCUGGUAUACAGCAGAUAUCAGAAUCCUCUCAAAGGUGCUGUCUGCAGAAUAAAUCAUUGAUUAAGUUAAACUGCAACCUUGUUAUGAUUAUCUCAAACAGUACACUCAAACACUGCUACUUGUUUUGUCCGUAUCACACUUCAAGCAGCUGCAUGACCUUUAACUCUUCUACACCUGAUGAGGAAAGGAAGAUUUUUACACCAGUGUUUCACUCUUUUCUACAUCUGCCAUCACUGCAAACUCUGAAAGCUGAAGAUCCGUUGUCUUUGGAGCAACAGCGCCCUCCUGCUCUUUUUGUUGCCAUAGCAAUUCAGAUUUUUUUCUAAAUGUCACCUGAUGGAUUCACAAUGCAUCAGGCAGAGAAGUGGCUGCAGUGAUGGUCUUAUCAUUUAUGUUUAUUAUACUGAGAAAAUAGUUUAUUAAUUGCAAAACUACACAGCUUACCUUUAAAACAGGAUUUGCACCAAAAGUAAUAAUAAGCUUGUUACUCUGCAAAAGUAGAUUGUUGUUUCAAAAGGUAGCGAAAUAUCAAAUACCGGUACUUGUUUGUUAGUAUAUUUUUUUGUUUUUUCUUAACACAACCCACAGUACUUACUCUCAUUGAAUUAUAGUGGAAAUAGAUGCAAUAAAGCUCUGAAAGAAGUUAAGAACACGAGAUCAAAAGCCUUGACGUGUUAAAUAAAAGCUUGUGCUGCUCUGUUUUUUUUUGGUUUGUUUUUUACAGCAGACCUAGACGUCUUGUCUCAGUUAAACUUCAGUCUAGUAACAGCAGGAUGUGAGAUGUUUUAUGGGCUAAUAACUCCUACCAAAAAAACUGUGCUAAAUCCUUUUUUUUUUCUAUGUUGUUGGACAUUUGUAGACAUGUCAAUGUUUGUUUCUGCAGUUUGGCUUCAACACAUGACAGUUACAGCCUGUGGCCACCACAUAGUACAGUAUAUAUUCCGGUAAGACCAAUGCUUUUAGAUGUGCAUUAUUCCAUGAAAUUAUAGAUAUCAGAAGUAACUUUAUGUUAAGACAACUAGUAAAAAUGAUAUCCAUGUAAAAUGUCUGCUUUUGCACAGUAACAAUCCUGAGCCGUAGUGGUGCAAUCCUUCCUUUAACACUGUGGAGAUGCACCCAAAGAGAGUUGGGUCUUAAGGACACAUUGAGACAAAGACCCUGAAUAAAAGUAAUCUACAUCAGCAGCUUGGACUGGCCUCACAGCAGCCGGAUCAUCAACAAACAAUUGCAACAACCUGCUCACUUUCUGUCCUCUGAGGAUCGCCAGCGUACCAAUGGGUUUUGUUUCUGUUUGAGGAGGACUGCUCUUUUUCACACACUAUUACUCCUGUUCAUUGAUGGGUUACAUUCACGCUUGAGGUGUGAAAUCAACAAUAUGUUGUGGCUAACUUGCUGCUAAACACCACACUGACAGACAGAUCAGUAUGUGAAGGAAAGGUCCGGAUGUGUUACUGCAGAAAGUGACGAUGCUUUUCCGCCCUAAUGUUGUUGAACCUGAGAUUGCACUUGUUGUUUGUGCCAAGUUUAAUUUUGUUUACAUUUGACAUUGUUCACUAAAGGAUGCAGUUCCACUUUAUGUAUUUCUUUUUGCAGCAUUUCUAACACUUAUCAUUUUAACAUAACAGUAAUAAAAACCAUAGAUACAGGCUCAGCAAAUACGCAGGGCAUAGAUCACAAAGAGAGCGAUGCAUGAGCUCUGCAGAUGCCCCGAACCUGCCAAGAACUGUGAAGCCGUGUGCGUGUGUGUGUGUGUGUGUGUGUGUGUGUGUGUGUGUGUGUGAGUGUGUGAGAGAGAGAAAGAGAGAGAGAGAGAGUGUGGAACCUGAGACUAAAUCGACUUAUAAAGCACAAUUGCAGUAGUUUUAGUAAGUUGGUACUAAAUUGACUUGUUGGUCAGCUUUGUAUGUGAACCUCUGAUGCACAGUAGCUAUCGAUCUUUACUUCUCAACCCCAGAUGAGUUAUUGAUUUCUUCUCAUGACCGUAAUAUAGGAACAAAUAAGGUGCAGGCCUUCACAGCUGAUGAUGCUGUAACUGCUAGGAUCAUAAUAAUACGUCAAAAUAUGAUUCAAACAGGUCAUAAUGAGAUAUUUACCAGUAAAUGAAAACUACCACAUAAUGUAGUUGUAUUCCAUUAUUACCUUAGCUUUAGUAAUUAGCAUUAUAGCUUUGAAAUGAAAGGCUUGUACCUUCUUCUAUAAAUGCUUACGUUGGAUUUGUUCGCUAAAAUAGUUGUAAAAAGUUAUAAUAUUACUGGUUUAUCUAUUAAUUACAUAGAGGUUUACUGUUGAAGUUUCAAUAGUUUUGACAAGUUACUACACAAUCUGAGAGUUCUGACAUCAGCUGCUGUGUGCAAUGACAUUAAACUAGCAAUAAAAUAAAGCAUAGAUGCCUGAUCAUAUAAUACAAGUAAUCUGGUGGUAAUGAGGGACCUGUACAGCCUGUUUCUUCAACUUUACAACUUAAUCAUAGAUGUUUUCUUUACCAUUGAUUAGAUUAUGAUUGCAACCAGCCUCAGCAUGAGCUCCUCACCGUUAAUGUUAGGAACACUGACUUCACAGCAGCCUUUUUCCAGAGUGUAAGAAAAGUACACUAAUACUGUGCAAACAUCAAGAUUAGUUCAUCCAAGCACAGAAACCAGAAGCAAGAAAUACCUCUAUAUUUCAGCCCCCUUUUUCCCCAGAAUCAAUAAUGUAUUAAAUUAUUUUACUAAAGAGUAGUAACACCACAUGUACUUCUUUAAGGUACGCUGUUUGCGUUUUACUCCAUAAAAUAAUGUGAAUUAUAUAUUCAGCAUUAUUGUCUAUCCGAAACUGAUUAAUAGAGAACUCCACUUUAAAUAAUUGAAAUGAUGUCGGUACCUGUUGUUGAAAAAUGUUACAAUUGUGCCACCAAUUUGUUUGUUGCAUCUUUAGAAAUGGUUAUAGCUGCAAAUGGCAAACAAUCUUUAUUCUGUUCUUUUUGUUAUCUGUAUUUGAAUAUAUUGGGGAGCUAUUAAGACAGCAUUCUGGGCAAUGUAGUGAAUCACCAGCUGAAGCAUGAUUAGUGGGCUGUGGAAGGAUGUUUUUCACACCACAAAAGAACAAAACAAUAAACAGCAUCAAACGUUGUGUUGGAACAUCUGUGGUUGGUCUUCUCCCUUAACACACUGGAAUAAGGCCUUUUUUUAAACAACCAGUCAGCUUUGAGAGAAUGCAGUACCAAAGAUGCACAACUGUAAACUGGAAUAACACAAUUCCUGUAUGAUGCUGAAGUUCAUCUCCAUUAGAUUAUUUAAUUUAGCCUGAGUGUAACUGCUCUUCGCUCACUGUGGAAAACAUUUGACCUUACAGUGAGACUUCAAAUACCUCAGAAUACUAGUUAGUUCAGGAUAGUUUCAUUGAAGUAGUUCAAAUGUUCAUGGGCGUCUCUGAGCUCAAGUCCCACUGAAUUUGAGAGCAGGUGUUUCUAUGGGAUAUGACAAUGCUAGAUGAAGUCCUUAUAUUUGUACAGAUGUGUUUAACAUUAAAAAUCAGUCAUGCAAAGUCA